CUCUUUAGUUUUUUCUUUUUCCUCUUCUGCACAUAACAAUGGAUAUUGCAGAUCCAUUUGUUGUGGACCACGAAUUCACCUCUUUCAUUGAUCCGUCUUUUUUCGACGAUAGCAACUUCACGGAAGACCCUUCAUGCACUACUGACGACGCCCUUGCAUUUGUUACGGCAUCUGCUUUAUCGACGACGACAACAUCAAUUCCGCUUUCGGACGAGCAUGAAGAAUCCUCCACCACAUCUUCAGCGUCGUUUACUGCGGAACCACCUGCUAUGCAGGAUAGGGCUUCAAUCGUUUCAGCGCUGAUCAGCCCACUUGUUAUUUGAUGACUUGGACCAACUUCUGGCUGAGGCAUUGUUACACAACAGCAAUAGUCAUAGCAGCAACAAGGUCGCUGCUGCCGGAAUGCAUUGCCAUGACAUUGCCAUGCCAACACACGACCAACAUGUUGGGAUGGCAACGUAUUUUCAGCGACAGCAACAACAGCAACACCAUCUCCAGGACAACACCAAUAUGGCGUAUGCCAGAGCGCAGCUUCAGAAAACCUCCGGCAUAAGUGCUGGUCACCACAACCGUCGUUCCCCCCAAGCACCUUCAAAAGACCGAUCAAUGCGUCAUACUCGAAAAGACCAAGCAACAGCAGAGCAAAAUCGUACACAAUCACCAGCACCUUUUGACAUGGAUGCAAUACUGCGCGCUCAACAAGAGUUCAUUCUCAAAAGGCAAUUGGAAGAAGAGCAUAAUGGCGAAAAGCAUCCGCCCAAACGAAGUCGCAAAAAGCAGAAUAACAGCAACAACAACAACAACAACCAUCAUCCACAUCCACAUCACUACGACCAUGAUCACCAACAUCACAAUCAGCACCAGAAUCAUCUUCAUCUUCAUCAUAUCCAAUCAUAUAAUCAGCAAUAUCACCACCAGCAAUGAUAACCAACACCUGGGUGGAACUUGUUCGUUUCUUUAAAAUACUACAUCUUUAAUAUCAUCAGCAUGACUUCUCUUUCAUUUACCUAUCAAGGCACAUUAAACUCAUAAUACUUGGGCUCUUCAUCAUGUCGUGUGUACGAUUAAAAUAUGCAUAUUUACAUAUCGAAUGUUAUAAUAUCCCUCCCUAAUAACAACACAAUAAGCCAGCUUUGUUUGCAUAAUAGAUGUAUAUCAAUUUUUGUACGCUUUGAUUUACAUGUUUCAACCGAGUUGUGGUGCAACUUGACAUUCAAGUGGGAAAUGUACCAAGAACUGUGUAUCUUCGGUCUUGUAAAAUGACUCAAUGUGAUUGGUUUUUUCAGCCGACCAAGUUUGACGUUG